CGGAACUGCGUCUGUCCGGGCGCUUCCUCCGCUAAAACUGUCGCGAAUCUGGAACACACGCGUUCCGCCCUCACCUACACGCAGCUGACCUCGGUUCUCUGGACGGAGUGCAGAAGGAGGCCGGGGACUGUGGCGCGACGAGUUUUUUUUCGUUUUUUUUGACUUUCUCGAGAGUGACGGCUUCUCUGAUCGCAGGCGGGGGUGCGUAAGCGGCGUUCUGUGCAGAGAAAUCCACUUUUCGCGUGUCUGCCACGCCCUCCUCCCCCCACCUCCCUGCAGCUGGUGGGUGGUUGGUGCUAAACGGGCAGUUUUCACAGCUUAACAAGCUUGUCUUCUGUGCUUAUCCACAGGUUUCAAGUUCGCUGCAGAACCGGAUGUGUCUUUCGGCGUGAACGAGAACCGCGAACAGACGUCUUUUCCGCGGAAGAAGGCGGCAUCGGCUCGGCGAGUCGUUCAGCCGCAACACCUCGCGUCUGCUGAGGUCCCGCGAGACAGCAAACAGCGAGGGCGCGACAGACCGACGAAGAAAGAGAUGAUGCAGAAGAGAGCGAAGGCGAGGAAAGAAGCAGGCAGCCAGAACUGGAGAGCGGAGGACGGACCCAAGGCGAAAAAGCCGGAGACGACCGAAUCAAAUCCGCACGGGAGUUCGAGAAGACAACACAGUGUGUUGAGGCCCCGAGAGAGGAGAGAGGGGAGAGGGGAGAGGAGAGCGCAGCCGGUGUGAGAAGAAACGGGCAAAGGACGAAAAGUACGACGGCGAGUCCGAGGACUCACGAGCUGGAAAAAAGAGAACUCGAGAGUGUAUGCGCAGCGAGGAAGAGAAGGUGAAAACACGCGACAGUCGACACACACAAGAGAGGAAGAGGCAGCCAACAGGUGACCCCCGAGGGAAAGGCGAAAACGAAUGUUUCUUUCUUCGUUGUCGGAACUUUGCCGACGACGCGGGAGAGCGACUGUGGCCCAGGUGUCUUGCGACCAGCCUGCUUUUUCACUUCCUGGACCGUCCUUUUCUUCUGCUGUUCCCCAGGACGCGUUCUCGUCUUUUCGUCUGCACCUCUUUCUCUCUUCUGUCGAGAGCUUUUCUUCCUUCUGAAACCUUCUCAUUUCUUCUCUUCGUUCGGUUUUUUUCGCCUUCUUCCACGAGCCUUUUCCUCGACCACACUGUUCGUCGACAAUGCCCCGAGCGUCUCUGCGGAACAGACGAAAGAAUGGAUCACUUCACCCGUCUGCAUCUUCCUCCCCGGAAGGCGAAGAGAGAGUCUCUCCAUCUCCUUCCCUUCUGCUGUACUCUUCUUCCUCUGAUACUUCCUCGUCAUCUUCUCAAGUGUCUCCUUUCCCCGCUCCUAGCGGCGUAGCUGUCCAGACCUCUGGGCUGCAGCGACAGGCGCACGAAGGCGAACCGCGCUUGCCGGCUCUUCCAGAGUCUUGCCGUUCUCCGAAACUUCUCUCGAACUUCCUCUCUCUCUCUUCUUCCUCUUGUCUCUCCUCGUCCACUUCGUUUGCCUCCUCAGCGCCUUCUCACCCGCAGCCCAAGUCCGAAAAUGCGCUUCCUUUACAGACGGAUGACGACGGUGGGUCGGCGUCCGUCUCCGGGGAAAACACCUGCACCCUUUCGCUGUUUGCUUCUCCUGUUGGUGCGGCCAUGCAGGAGCCUUCGCCGUCGCUUCUCCGCUCUCCCUCUCGAGGCCAAAGACAGGAGAUUCCCCACGGCGACUCGAAGCCGUCCCCGAGCCUCGAGACUCGCGGCUUCGGCGCGGAGAGGCUGCUGUCUCCUGCUCUUUCGGCUUCUGCUUCUCUCGGUUCUCGUACUCGUGACGGCCAACAAGUUGAAGGAAGAAGCAGAGGCGAAGGAGAAGACGGAGGAGAGUCUCGAGUCCGAGGCCAGGCAAACAGCGAAAAGAGAGCUCAGGGGUCUCCGCCGUCGUCCCCCGUCCUCUGUCCUGCCUUCUCUUCUCCAGUGCCUUUCCAGACAGAUGGAUGCUUAGCGGCUUCGUCUGUUCCUUCCUUUUUCAGUUUUUCUUCUUCUCUGCGUUUCAAGGAACGGCAGGGAACUGGACCCGCAAGCGACAACUUCACUGGACAAGAGGACCGCGUCUUCUUCUCGUCCUCCUCCUGUUCCUCCUCUGCGUCUUCUGCAAAUGCCGUUCCCCUCUGCUCGCGCUACCGCACACCCAAGAGCCUCGUGGAAGAGGAGAGAGAGACAGGUCACGCGUCAGGACCUUGUCUCUCCUCCUUCGCCUUCUCGCCGCAGAGAAGAGAGAGAGAAUUCGUCUCCUCUCUCCACCUCCGUGCGAGCGAGAGUCUCAGCCGCAAGCGGCUAGCCUUCUCCUCUCCCGAGAGCGUUGCGAGUGCGGCGCCAGUCUGCUCCUCGCUCGGCAGGGAGGAGAAAAGAAACUUCCUCUCCCCAGUUCUAGCCCCCCGGCCGUUCGAGAGACACACAGAUGAGAACAUGGAGACAGAGGAGAGGAUGGAGACGAAGGAGAGGAUGGAGGAGACAGAGGCGAACAAGGAGAGAAAGGAGAAGAAGGAGAGCACGUGGAUGGGAGCUAGAAGCAAAGAGGUGCAAGCGAAGAGUUCUAACACAAUGUCUCCUCUCUUGUUCUACAGCGAGCCGAAGAGGAAGGAGGGAGUGGAGGGGAAGCAGUCGCAGGGACAGAGAUCUCUGCAAGGCAAAGUGAAUGUUGAACCAAGUGUCGAGAUGACUCUCCAAGUGCAUGAGCGAGGCCGCAGUCUGUGUUUCCGAGGAAACGUUUCUUCUCUGCAGAGAGGAAGAGGAGGAGAGAAAGAGAGAGAAGCCAAGGCACCCACACAGAGAGAGCAUCGGACAGCGGACAAGGAGCGAGAGGCGAGAGAGAAGACGGAUCACAAGACAGGCAGGGAGCGAGAGGAGCUGCAGGAGCACAGACAACGCAGAGAAACGGGAGAGAAAGGAACUCCCAAGAAACGGAAGCCACGAGCGACAGCACCCUCACGAGAGGAAAGAAAAGCCUUUCUGAAGGAGAGGAGGCUCGGAGGUGCCUUUGCAUGCACGAGAGAGAGUUCGCGGGAGAAAGGGGAGAGGAUAUCGUCGACGUCUGUGACUGAGAAUGCGAAGGAUGCACGCGCGAACGAAGAGGCCGACUGCGUCGAAGCAGUCACGGAUCUCUGGGAGCGCGGUCUGCUGUCUCCAAAGGCUCCGAGAGACAGGUCUCUGGGCUAUGGUUCCUCGCACAGCAGCCCAAGGAAAUCCGUUCCUCUUUCCUUGAAGGAGACGCGAGUGGAGACGACGCAGGCGCAGACAGACAGCCGACAGGCCGCGCCUGGUGCGGCGGAGAUAAGCGGCCAAGGAGACCGAUGUGAAGAGCAAAAAGAAAGAGAGGGGGAGGAGGAGGAAGAGGGAGUGGAGAGAGAGGAGAGGGGAGGCAGAGACGACGGGCGCAGAAAAGAAGAAAUAUACAUCGAUCCUCAGGCGUUGAAGUGGAUGGCACCCUUUUGCGCGGACGAAGACCAAGUGUUGACGCGCGCUCGCCGUCGCCGCAACUCUGUGACUGUGUUCCAUCACCUCCAUGAACAGACAAAAGGCCUCGCUUCUCGCGCAGGUCCUCUCUCCCUCUCAGACGCGUCGCGGCCUCGGAGAAGAUGCACCAGAAGCCGCAGCCGGAGUCUGAGUGUGGAGAGACCUGAAGAAGCAGCGACAGGCGAAGAACGCGCGGGCAGAGGAGAGAAGCAAUCGCGCGAAGCAGAGACCGAGAGAGAGAAGGAGGGACCAGCAAGAAAGACGGAUGAAAAACGGAGAAAUGAGACACGCGCAGAGGCAGGGGAGAGGUGUGAGGACGGACGAGCGGCUGAGCUCGGCCUGAAAGAAGGAAAAGAGAGCAGGCGCCUUUCGAGUUGUCUGCAAGUUGACGAAGGCGGACGACCGAGUCGUCGGGGGCCAUUCUCGCAAGUCGAGGAAAGUAAAAGGUCUGAGAAGAAAAGAGACCAUGAAAAAAGAGACGCUGAACCUGUUUUCCAGAGUCGCGUCAGCUCAAUGGCGCACCGCCGAGCCUCUUCGGUUUCGUCAUUUUGCGAUAUCGCUUCUCCCCGCGACUCUUCAAAAUCGAGGGUCGAGGCAUCGAAACCCAGAGUCUCGGAGUCGCGCGUCGCUCUUUCGCCUUCGCCAUCCGGAUGGUCUCUCUCGCCUCGAAAACCUGCGUUCUGUUCUCCUCUCUGUUCCCCGGCCAGGCGUGGACGAGCGUCGUCCUCUGACUCCGCUGCGCUCGCCUUUCCUCUCUCCUCUGUCUCUUCUCUCGGUUCUUCGCUUUCGCGAGCGUCGCCUCCGCGAGUCUCUGGGAGUUGGAGUCUUCCUCUCGCUGAAGUCAUGUCUCCGUCGUCGCCGCCGCGGAGUUCAACGGCUCUCCGCCCACAAUGUCCUGUGCUGUCUCCAGCGCCUUCUCUCGCGUCGUCUUCUCCUCGCUCCGCCUCGCGACAAACAGAAAAUGCUGGAAAGACUCUCGAACUCGACACUUCGUCCACGCUGCUGGUUCGUCGGUCCCCGCGCCUCUUCGCUGCUUCCCUCGGAUCUUUGCAGUCCUCUCCUCUCUCGUCUGGCUCUCCUUCGCUCUGCUCGCAGGGAACUCCUCAUGUCUCCUCUCUCCGUGGCUCUCCACUGCGCGCUUCCUGUGGGAUCGUUGUGCCUUCCUCCUCGAAAAAGAAGGAGAAAAGCGAGGGGAAGAAGGACGGAGAGGAGAACAAGCAAGAGAAGAAGAACGCGGAGCAGAAGAAAGACACGGACGAGAAGAAGAACGAGGAGGGGAACAGAGCGCAGAAGAGCGAAGCAUCUCCUGCAAAGGAGAAAGGCCGGCGUGUAACGCGGCUUCCAGAGGCGGAGGAAAGACGCAUGCGCGCGUCGCCAGAGAAGGACAGAUGUCUAGGAGGUCCGAGGAAAGCAGCUGGGAAGCGCGAGACACGCGGGAAGGAGCAAGACUCUGUUCCACGAGAAGACGUUCAGCAGAGCUCUUCUGUUUCCUCAUCGGCUUCCUUCGUGAGUACUCGUUCAGACUCCUUGCAAACAGAUAACAGCGAUCGAGUAAGCGGUCGCGCCAGUAAGAAACUCCGAACUCGUCUCUCUCCUCCCGCCACUCUCCCCACUUCCUCUUCUUCGUCGCUUUCUCUCUCUUCCUCUCGUCUUUCUCUCUCUUCUUCCUCUGGAAGGCGGGCAGCUUCCAUGCAGCAGGCAGACUCGCUCUCGUCUGCAGUUUCUCUCGCGCCUCAAUAUUCUCAACCGAAUUCGAGGCGGCAGAAAAGCGACGGAGAUUCGGUGACCAACUCGUCGCGGCUACGAGGGACCCGAGUGCGAACGGGGGCUGAUCUUGCCAGGAAGGCGAGAAUGGAGACAACUGGAAAGAAAGUCGAAGGCGAGAAGAAAGAGGAAAUCGAGCAAAAAGAGGAGGGGGAGAUGGAAGAGGAGACAUGUGCAAAGAAUGGGCGAAAGGCCUUUCGUGGAAGAGCCCCCGCAUGCAAGAGAGAGGCUCCAGGAAGUGUAGGAAAGAUGGAGAGCAGAGACGCCAAAGAAGAGAAGGGGAAAACGACUGAAGAUGACAAAAACGAAGAGGUCCAUGCGAAGGCGGAAGCGGAGACAGUCACUUCAGAAGCCUCUGCAGAUCAGGUGCCUUCUCUCCCUUCUCUCUCUGCGUCUUCUCUCUCUUCAUCUUCUGUCUCUUCUUCGGGGGAUGCGCCUUCUCUCUCUCUUUCUUCUCUCUCUUCUCUUUCUUCUCUUUCUUCUUCGGGGCAUGCGCCUCGUGCGAGUUGCGAGCGACAUGAACUGCAAGGAGGGGAAGACUGUGAAGGACAAGACUGCGCCGAGCCGAGGAAGGAACCGCAUGCAGAGGGGGGAGACAUGGCGUCGGCGCCCAGCUUCGACGAGAGUCGAUCGUCAGAAAAGAAAGCUCAAGUGAGGCAGGUCAGGAUUGGUGCCGUUGGAGAGCAAAGCCGCCAAGAAGAAAGAGGGGACUCGGCUCCGUUUUCCGCGGCGCUGUCCUCGGAGUCCGGUCGAGCUGCUGCGUCGAGAAGCGCAAAACCCUCGCUGGCCAAGCCGACGUCGUCGCUGGGGUCUCCGUUCCCCGGCACCUUCUGCUUCUCGUCGCCGUUUCGGAGGCGCGCCUCUUCGUCUGAGGCUUCCACGGAGCGCCAGACGUUGCUUGCUCCUCUCACUCAGCUCUCGGCCGCGAGGCACCGCCUCUCCUCGUCAGACGCCUCCGAUGUGCGAUCCGUCAGUGGGAGAAGCAGCGGUCGCUCCUCGUCUUCUGUCCUGCCAAGUUCGCGGCGCUCGUCUUUCUCGGCGGCCAGUCCGUGUGCCUCUCCGUCUUCGCUCGCGGCGCAUGCAGACGACCAGGGAUUGAGGAACUCGAGAACAACGUCGCAAGUGUCUGAGUGGGAACGACGCCGAGUCGAGGAGGAAGCGAAACAUGAACGAGAUCUGCAGCAGGCUCUCGACGACGACCUGGAACAGCAGGUCCACUGCAUGCGCCAGAGCGGCGCCAGCGUGAGAGACGACGCGCAAGAGCCGAGCCCGAGAGACAGAAAGAGAAAGCGAGAAAGCGACGAAGCAGAGGCCGAAUCGAGACGGGCAGACCUCUCAAUGCACACUCCUAGCUUCCUGGCUCUGGAUCCCUUUCUCGUCGAUGAGGCAGAUGAGAAGCUACUGACAACGCAGCAGCUUCGAACGUAUUUGUCUACAAUCAUCACAGGAGAUCUGCGCGAGAAGUCUCGGGAGGCGCUGCUGUACAUGGCGAAGGCGUGGAGCCUCCAAACUCACACGUCAACCGGCGUUCCGAGUUCGCGGAUGAAUUUUGCGAACGUCGGCGAACGCUUCGUUCCUCAAGCUGCUCGACGGGUCCAAGGCAAGGUACUGCCGAAAGAACGGCGCCGGCACUCGAUUCUUCGGUGCAGCAGUAGCGCAGUGUUCGACGGAAGCAGAGAAAACGACAAACCGGAGAAGCUGAAGCGUCGCAGAAUAUCCUUUUCGCCAUUCAACAAGGUCCAGUUGUACACUUUGGACGAGACGGAGAGACAAAGCAAGGAAGAGGCCGCGCAGCGGUCCUUCCAGAACGAACAGCAGCAGCUGCUGCUUCUCGAGAGGCAGCGCGAGAGUGCGUCUUCUUUCUCUGCUUCGUUUGCGUCGCCUCCCCUGUCUGCGUCGCGCGUCGACUGUGGCGCAUCUCAGUGCUUUCCCCACGGAGACUGCGCAGCGUCCGAACAGGAGAACGGAGAGAAGGAGAACCGGAGGGGAGACGCAGAUAUGCAAAACGUCCUUUGUUCCCCCUUCGCGGGAGUUCCUCACUUCUCCACGCCGCCGCCGCCUGGUGAGAAGGCGCCUUCGUCCGACAGGGAGGCUGGUGCAGGCGCGCCUCCUUUUUCGUCCGUUUCCUCGGAGUUCUUCGUGGCUUGCCCGGGACAAGGUUGCUCGCCCCGCGAGAGCGGAGAAGGAUUUCCUGAGGCCUCUCUUUCGCGACCUCUCUCCGCGCUCGGACGGAGCAGAGUUCCCCACCUAACUCCGCUCGCAGAGAAUCGGACUGAGAAGCAGACCCGCGGAGAGGGCUCCUCGAGCUUCCGAAAGAGGGAACUGCUUUCGGCUCGGAGAGAAGACGAGAGUCCUCUCGGCUCUGCGGCGUUUGUACACAGCAAGUUGCCGUUCACGACGUCCCCGUCUUUCAAGCUCCUCCACGGCUCGCCAGAGGUCUCCAGAGUCUCAGUUUCUCCUUCCGCGGCCUCAUCGCCCUUCGCCUCUGCAUGCGCGCCGGGACUGCGGCGGGCACCGAGACCUGAGCUCGCCAGGAAGCAGACUCUUUCCUCAAGGCCUGUCGGGGGUGGGCCUGUCUCCUCGCUUCAAGAUCUUCGCGAGACGCACCUGCGCGCUCAGGCGCCUUCUUUGUCAGUUCCGAAACCGGCGCUGGCUCCCUCCCCCUUCUCAUCGCUCGCGGCUGUCUGCAGCCGUUUCUGCCUCCCGGACAAACGCGAACAAUCUGAGCGGCGCCGUGCGUCGACGUUCGCGGACUGUACGAACACAGGGGGGUGCGAGGACGACGAAGAGAACCGAGAGAAUCGCAUGGCCAACGUGAGCCUGUCCAGGGCCGAGAGAGGAAGAGAAGAAACCGGUAAAGGCGAGAGACUCGUGACAGAGAAGGACACCGUCGGAAACGAGACCCCUGUGCAGUUCUACAUCAGUCCUUCUGGGCAAAGAGUUUAUCGCCGCGGGUCGCUUGUCUCCCCUGCGACGGUCUCUGGAUUUCAGUGCUUCUAGGCACUGCGGAAGACUCUUCAGUGCUCAGACCCCCAUGCUGCAGACCAAGAGAAGAGGAAAAGCCACCCUAAACGUCUGUUCUGUCCUAUACAGAAAAAUAUCUUUAUCCAUGCAUCUUGUGACACACCCAUAUAUAUAUAUAUAUAUAUAUAUGUGUACAUCCAUCCAUCCAUACAAUUAUAUAUGUAUUUGUAUUGCAUAUUCAUGCAGUUCUGGAUAUAGAAGUAGAUUUGUCUGCAGUGGCGUGUGAGAGAAGCGAGCGGUUGAAGUGUCUCCCGUUCUUCUCGCUUUUUUUCGGUGCUGGAGCUGGUGGAAGUCUCACCGGAGAAAACGAGUUUUUUCGAAACAAAGUCGGAGGCAGAGUCUGCUGUCAGUCUGCCCCGAACUUCGUCGAAGACGUUUUCGCAGGAAAACCAAGAAAAAGGAGGCGCCGGCGUCGAGUUCGCCCAGGCUCUUUCCUCUCCUUCGCAGGAAAGAAGCGUGUCUGUAGCUGUCCGUAGAUCCACAUCGCUGGGGUGUACAUACACCGCGAGGCGCGAGUUCGUUUUCUCGUUCCUGCCUCAGCGGGAGACGGCGCACUCCGUUUGAGUUUUUCUGUUCUUUUGAAUGGGGCAGAGGCCAGAAGCCUCUGUUUUUGUCCUUUUCCCUCCCUCUCGUUGUUUGACCCCAGUACGGAGGACUGCAGCUGGAGAGAGACCCGCGCUUGCAAAUGCCUUCUGUAUAUUUUGGGGGGAGGGGAGUUUUUCAACUUUUCUCUCCGAAUGGACUGGCUCCACGCCAGGGGCCGUGCGGACUGCGCCUCCCGUUUUUGAGUUUUUUGUAUUUUUUCCGCGAGACACGCUUGCAGCGGAGAGCUGAAAACGACCC